GGAAUCCACCCACCAACUGCAUUGUCUGAACUUGCUUCGCAAAGCCACUUGGUUUGAGUAUUACGGGCCAAUAGAACCUUCGUUCCAGAAUCCCCCCGAAAUACUCCGUAUGCAUCUUGAUCACUGCAUCGAAAUGAUGAGGCAGAAUAUCAUGUGCAAUGCCGACGUGACGAUGAUCACAUGGGACUGGGUGGAAGGACACAAGAGCCCCUACCCCAACUUCAACACCCGGCAUCAGUGCAGGAAUUUGAAAAGAUCUUGGAUUGGG